AUGAGAAAGGCCCUCCCCUUCUGCUGACGUGUAGCUCCAGACAUGCUGUUUCCUGCCACAGGGAGCUCUGCCUCCAUGGCCACCAAGAUCCCAGCUGAGAAAUUUGGGAAAUGUCAGUGUGAGACACACCAUUCUGAAAGCAUCCUGUACCAGAUCCUUAACAAAGAGCAUGGAAGUGAGACCAAGUGGCACCAGCAGAAUUGCGGUCCCCACUGCUGUGCAAGAAGCAAAGGCUGCCCUUGUUUGGACAGGAGAAGAGUUGUCCUGAGAACACCAGAAGCCACACGCAGAAGAGCUUCUGAAGUGCUGUUGAAGACUUCAACUUUUAUUAGAAACCUACCUUCUUUUUAUCACAUGCCUUGGGAGGAUCAGUUUGUCCUCAUCCAACAGAACUGGGCCCCUCUAUUUGUCCUGGGCAUGGCACAAGAAGGAGUGGAUUUUGACCUGAGAGAGAUUCCAGGCACCAGUUUAUUGAAAAAAAUCCUCCUCAAUCAGUCUUCAACAGCUAUGAAUGAACUGGGCAGUUCAUCAGCAGGAGCAUCUUUCAAAGAAGUUCAGAAGAUGAAGAAUUUAUUGUGGAAAUUCUGGGACCUGGACAUAAGUGGAAAAGAAUACGCCUAUCUUAAAGGGAUUAUUCUUUUUAAUUCUGAAUGCCAUGUCCUGAAAUGUCUCCCUUAUGUACAAUCACUUCAGCAGGAAGCUCAGAAAGCCCUGAUGGAGUUUAUCUCAAUAAUGUUCCAUGGAAGCCUCAGCAGGUUUGCUUCAAUUCUUCAGCUGAUCUCAUCUCUUCAAGACAUUGAUGCAGAUGCUAUUGAAGAGCUCUUCUUCAGGCCCUUCCUAGAAGAGGCCACCCUAAAUGUACUACUUCUAGAAACCAUAUCUACCAAGCCAGACUGGCUUUGA